AUUCGCCAUGCAUGUUAUUGGUUGGACCAAGAAGCAGCGUCUUCUUCCUCCUCAGCGCUGGAAACCAUGGAGAAACCAUUGCCAACUGCACCGUACCACUCCCUCGCACUCACAGAGCCCAUCGUGCUCCUCUUCAACAAGACCAUCUCCAUGGGGGUCGUCCUGAAGAAUAAGAUAUCCAUGGGGUUCCUCUUCCGGCACCCAGCGCCGUGCGCAUCGGGGGUCGUCGAUCGUGUCAGACCCGGCGACUCGGCCGACGGUAGCGAGGCGCUCGAGUUGACCAGAGAAGACGUGGAGACGGUGAUGGAGAUCAUUACGGGCAUGCCUUGCGGCGCGGACGGUGAGCAGCUCGAGGAGCUGCGUGGCGUGUUCGAGGGGGAGGAGCCGAGCUUGGAGGAAGUGGCGGAGGCGUUCUCCGUCUUCGAUGAUGACGGUGACGGGGUCAUAGAGCCCCUGGACCUGCAUCGUGUUCUCUGCAAGCUGGGCUUCCCGGAGGGGGCGGCAUUGGAGGCAUGCCGACGGAUGAUCGCGGCGUACGACGAGAACGACGACGGGAGGAUCGAUUUCAAGGAGUUCAUCAAAGUUGUGGAGGGCAGCUUCUUUGAUUAAUUAUUCUUCCUUUUUCUUCUUGUCGUCAUCAGCGUCACAUCUAUCAAUGCGCAAGCAAUUAAAACAAACCAAAUUUCGAGCAGGAUUGAGACUCGAAAUCUAAAAUCAUCAAAAGAUUGCGACUAUUCGAAAUCUUACAAGAAGAAUCAAAGGCCAAAUCGAGAAGCAACUACUCAUCUGGAUCGCAGAUUUAAAUCGAUAAUGUUAUCGACAAUUGACACAUCCAUAGACUUUGAACAUGAAGGGAAAACAUCUUUCUGAAGCUGGAAGUGCGGCUUCAAUCAUUUAGAACCCA